CUUUAUUGAGGUUAAGAAGUGCUGGAUUCAUAAACAAACAAACAAGUAGAAAGCAAUUUCAUUGGUUUAGCACUAUUUAAUAUGGGCAUCUUUUGCUCUUUAGACUAGUUACUAAACUAUCUGUAGAAAUCACCGCAUAAUUGUUUCUUCAGGUCUUUGUACAUCAGAAAUGGCAAAUCACUAUACAUUAUUAGGGUGUGAAGAGAAUGCUACCUUUGAAGAAAUCAAGAGACACUACCAAGAACUUAUCCUGAAGUCACACCCUGACAAGGCUCCAGCAAAUCAUCAUUCUCCUAAUGAAUUAUUUAUUAAAAUUAAUGAAGCCUGGCAGACAUUGAGGGACCCAGUUAAAAGAAAAGCGUAUGAUGCUCAGCUGCUAGCAGAGCAAUGUGAGAGUGAACAUGUUCUGUAUGCUACUUUAAGGUGGAAUGAAAUGGAUUUUGAGGAAGGUAGUUAUCGCUACCCAUGUCGUUGUGGCAGUGUAUACAGCAUUUUAAAGGAUGAUCAAACCAAUGGCAAUAUUGAUCUUUACUGUCCGUGUUCAGAAUGUUCUCUAAGUAUUUUAAUUAAACCUAAUUGACUAAAUGUAAUAAAACUCUUGUGUACAGCA